UAACUUUGUGACAAUACUGGAAACCUUAUAGGAAAAUAGUAAAUUGAUUAAAUAUGAAAUUAAGAUGACAACAAAAUGCUCUGUAAAAGAAGACUCAAAGCUGUCUUGAACACAAGGGUUUUUAAACUGGUCACUGCUGUUCUGUUAUUUAUAUGUUGCGUAACUGUUAUGCUACCAAACAAUGAAACAAAUGUUACAAAAAGUAACAUAGAUGGUAAAACAGAGAGUAAAUUAAAGACGUUUUUGCUCAUUUUUAUCAUGACCGGACCAAAAAAUGACGACAGAAGAAACGCAAUCAGAGAAACGUGGUUAAAUUUUGAAAAUAAAGAUGACAGUAAACACUUUUUUGUUAUUGGAACCAAAAACCUUCCAAUAAAUGUUAAAAAUGAUUUGGAAAUUGAAAACCAGAGACACAGUGACCUUAUGUUGCUGGAGCAAUUUGAAGAUAGUUAUGAUAAAUUGACAGAAAAGCUGGGUUUGAUGCUAGAAUGGGCAAGUGACAACGUCGAUUUCCGCUUUUUGUUUAAAGCUGAUGAUGACACUUUUGUUAGAGUUGAUAAAAUUGUGCAAGACUUGAAAAAUGACAAAGAAAAAUACCUUCAACAGUUUUUAUAUUGGGGGUACUUUUAUGGCAGGGCACAUGUAAAGAAAACUGGGCCUUGGAAAGAACUAAACUGGCAGUUAUGCGAUUAUUACCUGCCUUACGCUAGAGGCGGUGGUUAUAUUUUAUCUUCAGCAAUUGUUUCGUAUAUUGCGAAAAACUGGCGGAUUUUUGAGAAAUAUGUGAGCGAAGACGUCACCCUUGGUGCAUGGGUUGCACCGUUAAAAGUAAAAAGAAUUCACGAUACCAGGUUCGACACAGAAUAUAAAACCAGAGGCUGCAAGAAUUCAUUUACAGUGAGCCAUAAGCAAAGCAUUGGGGACAUGCAAGCAAAAUAUUCAAGUUUAAUGGCCACUGGUAAUCUGUGUACCACUGAAAUUGUGAACUUUUAUGGAUAUCAGUAUGAUUGGGAUGUACCUCCUUCCAAGUGCUGUGUUAGAUCAUCUUUAAUCCCAUGAUCUUAGUAUUUAUUGUAUUGU